AUGGAUGCUAUUAGAGCUGGUGUUGAAAAAGCAAAAGAAGCUGUUCAAAGCAAAAAGGCUGACGAUAAAGCAGCAAAAGCGCUUGAUCCAACCAAAAAACUAAAUGAUCGUCUCGAUGCAUCAUAUGAAUCUGAUAAAGCUGCAAUGAAAGCACAAGAACAUGCUUGUAAAGCAGAAUGUUAUAAAGACAAACAUGUUCGUAGUUAA